AUGACUGCAUCCAGGCAUGAGGAUCACCUUGAUUUUGGGGGGAACUUCGUCCAGAUAAUAAAUGGCAAGCCUGCUUUUACCAAAACCACUCGACAUGGGAUCAACCCAGCCACUCUUGAGCGAAUGGAAGAAGUCCCUGUCGCCACGCGAGACGAUCUCCAUGAAGCAGUAGCGGCGGCUAGAGCAGCCUUCAAGCAAUGGUCCCAGACACCUUAUCGGGACCGGAAACAAGCGGUUCUUGCCUGGGCAGAUACAAUAGAAUCCUACAGCACUGAGUUCCGGGAUCUCUUAAUCGCAGAGCAAGGCAAACCAUUGCCGCAAGCUGAAAUCGAGACAGCCUCCACUGUGGCAUGGAUGAGGGGUAUGGCUGGAAUUGAACUCAAGGAUGAAGUCAUUGAAGACAGCCACGCCCGGAAGAUCAUAACACGCCACACUCCGCUUGGGGUAGUUGCGGCCAUUGUGCCUUGGAAUUUCCCUCUGAUGUUGACAACAGCUAAAGUCGCGCCUGCAUUACUGACCGGCAAUGUAAUCAUUGUGAAGCCGUCCUCCUGUCCUGUGACUCUGCUGUCUAUUAACACUCCCAACUGGCCUUUCACCCCAUAUGGCUGCCUCAAGCUAGUGGAAUUGGCACAGCUAUUUUUCCCUCCAGGCGUAGUACAAUCGCUCAGUGGGAAUGACGAUCUCGGCCCAUGGAUCACCAGCCACUCCGGAAUUGAUAAGAUUAGUUUCACUGGCUCAACAGCCACAGGAAAGCUGGUGAUGAGGAGUGCAAGCGAAUCCUUGAAACGGGUGACUCUCGAACUUGGUGGAAAUGACCCUGCCAUUGUUUUUCCCGAUGUGGAUAUUGAGGAAACAGCCAAGCAGGUCGCUACUUUCGCCUUCCUUAAUUCUGGACAGGUGUGCCUGAACCUGAAGCGGAUCUACGUCCAUAACUCGAUUUAUACUCAAUUUCGAGAUGCAGUGGUCAGCGCUGUUAAGGCCUUCGUGAUAGGUAAUGGGUCAAAAGAGGGAGUCUCUCACGGUCCACUGCAAAACUCUUUACAAUACUCCCGGGUAAAAACAUUUUUUGAUGAUAUUGAAACUCAGGGAUGGAAGGUAGCGGUUGGUGGCAAGAUGGAUGCUAAGGCAACCAAAGGGUAUUAUGUUGUGCCUACAGUGAUCGAUAACCCCCCUGAAGACUCGCGCAUUGUCGUCGAAGAGCCUUUUGGACCUAUCGUGCCUCUUUUGUCUUGGGAGACAGAAGAUGAGGUAAUCGAGAGAGCUAAUAACACUACCAUGGGGCUUGGUGCUUCUGUCUGGUCAGCAAAUACAGCUCAAGCUGAGAAGGUGGCACGGCGACUGGAAGCUGGAACAGUUUGGAUAAACAAUCAUUUUGACAUCUCGCCGGUAGCGCCGUUUGGGGGUCACAAAGAGAGCGGUAUCGGCAUUGAGUGGGGUUCCAACGGACUGAAGGAGUUUUGUAACGUCCAAACACUGUUCUCCUACAAGUAG